AAACGCUUGGCGAUCUGCCAGAGAUACAGGUUUUCCCGUUGUGUGACUUCGAAGUGUCAGAAUAGGGUGGGUUAUAGGGAAGUUAAGCCGUGCGGUGGGACUACCGAGAGACCGGGAGGCAAGCAGCAACGGCGACGGAUCGGCUCCUUAUAGUCCCUCUAUGGAGCAGGGAAAAAAUCGUCAGCAGUUGGUCGGAAGUCUGGAGGAGUUGUGUCGAAACACCAAGUUCACCAAAAGGGAAAUACAGCUGAUGUACAGGAGCUUUAAACAGGAAUGUCCAACGGGGUACGUCGAAGAAGAUACGUUCAAACAAGUAUUUGCUAGAUUUUUUCCUUAUGGUAAUGCCAGUUCUUAUGCUCAUUAUGUCUUCAAAGCUUUCGAUCACAAUCGAAAUGGAGCCAUAACUUUUAAGGAUUUUCUCCAUUGUCUCUCUCUAUUGUGCAGAGGGUCCCUCCAGGAAAAGCUUCAAUGGGCUUUCACUCUUUAUGACAUCGAUGGAAACGGUUACAUCACGAAAAAAGAACUCACUGACAUCAUUUGUUCGGUGUAUGCUCUAAUGGGACGACGUUCCGUUCCUGUAGGAGACGAGAAGUCUCUCAGAGAGCACGUUGAUAGGAUCUUUCAGAAAAUGGAUAUUAACAAAGAUGGAGUGGUGACAAUAGAUGAAUUUAUGGAAAUUUGUCUGAAAGACGAAACAAUAGCAAAGUCAUUGGCAUUAUUUGAUACUUCUUUAUGAAGGACUCAACCUUUUGAUAUUCGAUGAUUUGUGAUUACAGCUAUAAGUCAUCAGUAAAAAUACAAUUAUCUAAUGAUCAAAAGGAGAAGAUGAGGAGAAUUACAGGAAACAUUUUGUGUAUAUGUUGUAAUAUAAUAUAAGAAUAUAGAGCUACGAUAAUAUUUAUUACAUUUUUUGGAAUUUUAGGAGAAAAAAAAGAAGAAAAAAUAUAAGAGAAAAGAAAGUUAGAAACUUUUC